AUGGUGAAACAUCGCUUGAGAGAAUCUAUAAAAUCGCUGUUUGGAAGUCAUGUUGAUCCUGAUAAAGAAGAGCAGCUCCGAGGAGAUAAAACAGAAUUUGAUGACAAAGUGAAAAAGGUAUUGAAACUUAUUAAAGAGGACAACGGUGAAGAGGAUGGUACCCCAGCAGAAAUUUUGAAGAGGGGACAACUUGCUGAAUUGAUUGAGGAUUUCCACGGUCAAUACCAAACGCUCUAUACAAAGUAUGAUCAUCUGACAGGCGAGUUAAAGAAAAAAAUCAAGGGCAAGAGAGAAAAAGGAAGUUUGUCAUCUAGUUCUUCAUCUAGCUCUGGCUCGGAUUCGGAUUAUUCUUCGAAGGACAGAGACAGCAAAAAUGGACAACUGCAAAAUGAAUUUCAAAAGAUAAAUGAUGGAUUGAAGCAAGAACUCGAAGAGGUGCACAAGGAAGUUGCUGAAUUAAAUCAGAAGUUGGCAAUUACAAAUGAAGAGAAGGAGGAAAUAAAUUCAAAACACGUAGCAGCACUUAACAAGAUACAAGAAGCAAACAAAAUUAAUUUAGAUUUGAAAACUGAUGCUGAUGCAUUAGAGAUUCAAAGAACAAAACUCUUGGCUGAGAAUACUGAACUAAAUAAGAAAUUGGAUAUUGCUGGAAAAGUAGAAGCUGAACUGAGUCAAAGAUUGGAGGAUAUGAAGACAGAAAACAAUAGCUUAGCCAAGGAGAAAGAGACAGCUCUCCAACUGAUUGACGAGGAAAAGAAGAUUACAGAUGACCUGAGAAACCUCAUUGAUCAGCUGAAAGAAGAUAAGUUAGUGGCUGCGAAAGAAUUACAAACAGUAACAGAUGAACUUUCUACUCUGAAGCAGGAAUUGAAACACUCAGAACAGCAAAUAACAGCUCUUAGCAACAAUCUGGAGGUCGCAAAAGAAGAAAAUGGAUCAUUGAAAGCUGAACUUUCCCAGGCUUCAAAUGAGGUUCAGCUGUCUCAAAGCAGAAUACAAGAAUUUCUAGCUGAAUCAAGCCAGUUAAAGGAGAAACUUGAUGAAAGAGAAAGAGAAGUUUCUACCCUCACUCAAAUGCAUGAAGGGCAUCAGAAUGAGUCCUCAAAUCAAAUCAAGGAACUAGAAGCACAAAUCUCAAAUCUGGGGCUGGAACUAGAGUCACUGCGAAACCAGAAAAGGGAUAUAGAGGAUCAAUAUCUAGCUGAAUCAAGUCAGUUAAAAGAGAAACUUGAUGAAAGAGAAAGAGAAGUUUCUACCCUCACUCAAAUGCAUGAAGGGCAUCAGAAUGAGUCCUCAAAUCAAAUCAAAGAAUUAGAAGCACAAAUCUCAAAUCUGGGUGUGGAACUAGAGUCACUGCAAAACCAGAAAAGGGAUAUAGAGGAUCAAUAUCUAGCUGAAUCAAGUCAGUUAAAAGAGAAACUUGAUGAAAGAGAAAGAGAAGUUUCUACCCUCACUCAAAUGCAUGAAGGGCAUCAGAAUGAGUCCUCAAAUCAAAUCAAAGAAUUAGAAGCACAAAUCUCAAAUCUGGGUCUGGAACUAGAGUCACUGCAAAACCAGAAAAGGGAUAUAGAGGAUCAAUAUCUAGCUGAAUCAAGUCAGUUAAAAGAGAAACUUGAUGAAAGAGAAAGAGAAGUUUCCACCCUCACUCAAAUGCAUGAAGGGCAUCAGAAUGAGUCCUCAAAUCAAAUCAAAGAAUUAGAAGCACAAAUCUCAAAUCUGGGUCUGGAACUAGAGUCACUGCAAAACCAGAAAAGAGAUAUGGAGGAUCAAUAUCAAGCUGAAUCAAGUCAGUUAAAGGAGAAACUUGAUGAGAGAGAAAGAGAAGUUUCAACCCUCACUCAAAUGCAUGAAGGGCAUCAGAAUGAGUCCUCAAAUCAAAUCAAAGAAUUAGAAGCACAAAUCUCAAAUCUGGGGCUGGAACUAGAGUCACUGCAAAACCAGAAAAGAGAUAUAGAGGAUCAAUAUCAAGCACAAAUCUCAAAUCUGGGGCUGGAACUAGAGUCACUGCAAAACCAGAAAAGAGAUAUAGAGGAUCAAUAUCAAGCUGAAUCAAGUCAGUUAAAGGAGAAACUUGAUGAGAGAGAAAGAGAAGUUUCAACCCUCACUCAAAUGCAUGAAGGGCAUCAGAAUGAGUCCUCAAAUCAAAUCAAAGAAUUAGAAGCACAAAUCUCAAAUCUGGGGCUGGAACUAGAGUCACUGCAAAACCAGAAAAGAGAUAUAGAGGAUCAAUAUCAAGCUGAAUCAAGUCAGUUAAAGGAGAAACUUGAUGAGAGAGAAAGAGAAGUUUCAACCCUCACUCAAAUGCAUGAAGGGCAUCAGAAUGAGUCCUCAAAUCAAAUCAAAGAAUUAGAAGCACAAAUCUCAAAUCUGGGGCUGGAACUAGAGUCACUACGAAACCAAAAAAAAGAUAUAGAGGAUCAAUAUCAAGCUGAAUCAAGUCAGUUAAAGGAGAAACUUGAUGAGAGAGAAAGAGAAGUUUCAACCCUCACUCAAAUGCAUGAAGGGCAUCAGAAUGAGUCCUCAAAUCAAAUCAAAGAAUUAGAAGCACAAAUCUCAAAUCUGGGGCUGGAACUAGAGUCACUGCGAAACCAAAAAAGAGAUAUAGAGGAUCAAUAUCAAGCUGAAUCAAGUCAGUUAAAGGAGAUACUUGAUGAGAGAGAAAGAGAAGUUUCAUCCCUCACUCAAAUGCAUGAAGGGCAUCAGAAUGAGUCCUCAAAUCAGAUCAAGGAAUUAGAAGCACAAAUCUCAAAUCUGGGGCUGGAACUAGAGUUACUGCGAAACCAAAAAAGAGAUAUAGAGGAGCAACUUAAGAGCUUUACCACAGAAGCAAGGGAACUGGGAGAACACAAUUUAGGGUUGCAAAGCCAAAUUUCGGAACUUGAAAUGAAGUCCAAAGAAAGAGAAGAGGAACUAUCUGCUAUCUUGAAGAAACUCAAAGAUAAUGAGGAUGAAUCAUCUUCAAAAAUAUCAGAUUUGACAUCUCAGAUAAACAAUUUGCAGGCUGAUAUAGGCUCAUUACAUGCUCAGAAAAAUGAACAGGAAGAGCAAAUAAUUCUUAAAAGUAACGAAGCUUCAACUCGAAUUGAAAGCAUUACAAAUGAGAUGAAUGCACUGCAGCAGGAAGUGGAGUCUCUACAACACCAGAAAUCUGACUUAGAAGCUCAGCUUGUGGAAAAAAGUCGAGAAAAUUCUGAGUAUAUGAUUCAAGUUCAAAGUCUGAAAGAGGAGGUUGACAGCAAAACCCUGGAGCAAGAGAGACUUAUGGAACACAGAGAAAAUUUAACCACAGAAGCACGGGAACUGGGAGAGCACCAUUUAGGGUUGCAAAACCAAUAUUCGGAACUUGAAAUAAGGUCCAAAGCAAGAGAAGAGGAACUAUUUGCUAUCAUGAAGAAACUCAAAGAUAAUGAGGAUGAAUCAUCUUCCAAAAUAUCAGAUUUGACAUCUCAGAUAAACAAUUUGCAGGCUGAUAUAAGCUCAUUACACGCUCAGAAAAAUGAACUGGAAGAGCAAAUGAUUUUCAGAAGUAAUGAAGCGUCAACUCGAAUCGAAAGCAUUACAAAUGAGAUGAAUGUAUUGCAGCAGGAAGUGGAGUCUCUACAACACCAGAAAUCUGACUUGGAAGUUCAGCUCGAGGAAAAAAGCCAAGAAAAUUCUGAGUGUACGAUUCAAGUUCAAAUUCUGAAAGAGGAUAUUGACAGAAAAACACUGGAACAAGAGAGACUAAAGGAAGAUGGAGAAAAUUUAACUACAAAAGCAAGGGAAUUGGGAGAGCACAAUUUAGGGUUGCAAAACCAAAUUUUGGAACUUGAAAUGAAGUCCAAAGAAAGAGAAGAGGAACUAUCUGCUAUCAUGAAGAAACUCAAAGAUAAUGAGGAUGAAUCAUCUUCCAAAAUAUCAGAUUUGACAUCUCAGCUAAACAAUUUGCAGGCUGAUAUAAGCUCAUUACAUGCUCAGAAAAACGAACUGGAAAAUCAAAUAAUUUUUAAAAGUAAUGAAGCUUCAGCUCAAAUUGAAAGCAUUACAAAUGAGAUGACUGUACUGCAGCAGGAAGUGGAGUCUCUACAACACCAGAAAUCUGACUUGGAAGUUCAGCUUGUGGAAAAAAGCCAAGAAAAUUCCGAGUUCUUGAUUCAAGUUCAAAGUCUGAAAGAAGAGGUAGACAGAAAAACCCUGGAACAAGAGAAACUUACGGAACACAGAGAAAACUUAACCACAGAAGCAAGGGAGCUGGGAGAGCACCAUUUAGGGUUGCGAAACCAAUACUCGGAACUUGAAAUAAGGUCCAAAGAAAGAGAAGAGGAACUAUCUUCUCUUGUGAAGAAACUCAAAGAUAAUGAGGAUGAAUCAUCUUCCAAAAUAUCAGAUCUGACAUCUCAAAUAAACAAUUUGCUGGCUGAUAUAAGCUCAUUACAUGCUGAGAAAAAUGAACUGGAAAAGGACUUGCUUUCCUCGCAGAAAACAAAAGAAGAAUUGGAGCUCUCCUGCAAAAAAGUAAAAGAAGAACAUGUUGAAACCCUCUCAGUGGUUGACAAUGAAAAGACCGAAUUAGGCAACCAAAAUAUGGAUCUUCAGAGAACAUUGGUAGAACGUGAAGAUGCAUAUCAGAAGUUGAAUGAGGAAUAUAAAAAAGUUGAAAGUUGGUUUAAUGAAUGCAAGGUCAAACUUGAGGUUGCAGAGAGGAAGAUGGAAGAAAUGGCAGAAGAGUUUCGUGAAGGCAUUGGGUCAAAAGAUCAUAUAGUAGGUGAUUUGGAACACCAAGUUGAAGGCCUGAAAAGAGACCUGGAAGACAAAGGAGAUGAGAUCAGCACUUUGCUUGAAAAUGUGAGGAAUCUCGAGGUAAAGCUUCGCAUGUCAAACCAAAAGCUCCGGGUCACAGAACAAUUGCAAAAUGAAAACGAAGAAAAGUUUAAGCAAAAACAGAGUGCACUUGAAGAUAGGAUUGCUACAUUCGUAGCAACAAUCACAGCUAACAGUGAAGCUUUUCAUGAAACUAUCACAACUAUCAAAAAGUCUGUCAAUAGUAUGAUAUCUGGAAUAGAUACAGUGAGCAGAAAAUUUUCGGACGAAUGCAAAACUCACGAGAACAGCAUCUCAAACAUCUCACACGAGCUUCAGGUUGCAAAAGAAUAUGUUUGCGAGAUCAAUAGGAUCAAGGGAAAGUUAGAGAAAGAUAAAAACCGUUUGUUGGAGGAGUUGAAGGGUAAAAAGGAAGAGGAGUUAACUCUGUUGGAGGAGUUGAAGGAUAAAAAGGAAGAGGAAUUAAUUCUGAAGGAGAAGGUUGAGAAGCUAGAAGCAAAGACAAGAAAGCAGGAAUCAGAGAAUAUCAAUGUGAAGGCAACUGUUGUUGAACUUAAGAAGACAGUUGAAGAGCUAGAGAAGUUGAUCAAAGAGAAAGAGGAAGGUUUGGGAGAGGAAAAGAGGGAUGCCAUUAGGCAGCUCUGUUUGUGGAUUGAUUAUCACAGGGAGCGUAAUGACUAUCUCAAGGAAAUCCUAUCAAAAACUCGCAGGGUCCAGAGAGCAGCAGUGUAG